ACCAUGAGCUUACCUUACUUCAGCGCUCGGCUAUACACGCGCAUGCACCGACUGUAGCAGUAAGGAGGAAGGAGAUGAAAGGGGUGAACUUCUCCUGCGUGUCCCCUGCGUCGGCGGCGAUAUGCGCUAGCAUCGACCGUCGCUCCAUCGUCCGGCCGACCACCGGCCAAAUUUCCCAUAUUCGAAACCCACGGCGAGCCAAGCCGAUCCCGGCUCUCGCCUCGACCUCAUCUCCCGCUUCUUCCUCCAGAUCCCACGACCACCGAACCAGGAAGAGUUUGGACAGCGCCCCGUCGGAGCUGCGCAGCCAGCGGGUGUCCUCGCGCCACCUGCUGCACGACGACGACGACGACGACACCCUCACUGACGUCGUCGACGCCUUAUUCCCCACCUUCGACUCCGAACUCCCCCCUCCUCUCCUCUCUCUCGAUUCAUCGCCCCAUUACCUUCCCGUGGCCUCUCCAGCUCUCUCGACUGUGCAUUUGAGGGUGUCCCUGCACUGCAAAGGCUGCGAAUCGAAGGUCAGGAAGCACAUCUCAAGAAUGGCAGGGGUGACAUCGUUUAACAUAAACUUUGAGAUGAAGAAGGUGACGGUCGUCGGAGACAUAACGCCGUUGGGAGUUCUGAACAGCAUCUCCAAGGUGAAGAGUGCAGACUUCUGGCCUUCGGCGCCGCCAUCAUCACCUUCGUCUUGAUCAAAUAAUUAACUAUAUAACUAUAUAUAUAUGCAAAAUCUCUGCUAGCUCGAAUCAACAUUAAUUAUUUCCGAUCCUCGAUCUCAUGUGUGUUAAUUCCGUCGCAUUUCCUGUUGUUUUUGUUUUCUAUCUGAAAGCUACGGCGCAGUCAAAAUUCAAAAUUGUUGUUUAGCCUGUGCAUGCACUUGGCUGAAAAAUCAGAGGUAUAUGAGCCAAUGUUCAAUUUA